AUGCUAUUGUCAGAAAACGACAUUGUGUAUGUCACUCAGAAAUCCAUCAAGGGUAGUGCUUUGGCUGAAUAUCUGGUCCAACAACCCGUUAAGGAUUACCAGUCGAUGCAACCCAAAUUUCCAGAUGAGGACAUCAUGGCCUUGUUUGAAGGUGAUCAAGAAGAUCAGAACAGAAAGACAUGGAUAUUAUUAUUCGACGAAGCUUCUAAUGUCAUGGGACAUGGUAUAGGGGCAAUACUAAUAUCUCCAGAAAAUCAAUACAUUCUGAUGUCAGCAAGCGUUGGUUAUCCAUCAACUAAGGGGAGAAUGGGAUACCAGGGAUCAGAAGUUGUUUCCCUACAGAGCUAUAUCAUGGAAUUGGUGGAGUGUUUUGAUUUCAUUGAAUUCCACCACAUUCUGAAAGAGGAUAACCAAUUAGCGGAUGCCUUAGCUACCUUAUCAUCGAUGUUCGUGAUUAAUCAGGAUGGGGUAUUGUCGAUGAUCCAAAUGAAGAGCCACAAAGAGCCAACAUAUUGUCAUUUCAUCGAAGAAGAGCUAUAUGGUAAGCCGUGGUAUUUUGAUAUUAAACAUUAUCUAAAAACUAGAGAAUACCCCAGAGAAGCAUCUGAGAAUGAUAAAAGGACGCUGAGAAGGUUGGCUGCAAAUUUUAUCCUAAGUAGGGAUGGUUGUACAAGAGAAAUCAUGAUAUGGUUCUCCUUCGAUGCGUGGAUGCGAAAGAGGCGGAGUCAAUAUUGGAGGAAGUUCAUGGAGGUACUUUCGGAACACACAUGA